CAGAAACGGAGAAACCGAUAAAAACGAAAGAGUGACCAGCAAGAGGGAGGGUUAUGUAGUUUUCUCUUCCUCUUCUCAUGGCGUCUCUGCCUUCUGUUGCCGUAAGUGGCACUCUCAAGCUGGAGUCUGAGUUCAGGAAAAGCCCCCCAAUUUCGGUUGCCACCGAAAAGAGUCCGAGUAUCUCCUACCAAAGAAGUUGCACAAGCAUACAAUUGGACACAAAAUUGGACCCGAGAUGUUUGGAUUUCCAAGAAGCGCUCUCAAUGCUAAAGGAAGGCACCGAGAUCAAGUCAUCCUUCUAUGUUCCCCUCCUGCAAGAAUGCAUAUCCAACAAUUCAGUCUCAGAAGCCCAAGUUAUCCACACACACAUCAUAAAGACCGGAACACAUGAGGAUCUGUUUCUUAUGACAUUCCUCGUCAAUGUGUAUGCAAAAUGUGGGUCUGUGGUUGAUGCCCGCAAGGUUUUUGAUCAAUUGCCUCGAAGGAAUGUUGUUUCGUGGACAGCUUUGAUAACAGGUUACAUUCAUAAUUCCCAGCCAGAACUUGCCAUCCAAGUCCUCCAAGAACUGUUGGAAUGUGGGGCUUAUCCUACAAAUUACACCUUAGGGGCUGUUUUGAGUGCUUGUUCGUCCUUGCAAGCUAUUGAGUUGGGGAAGCAAAUUCAUGCAUACAUUAUCAAGUACCGGAUGGAGUCUGAUACCAGUGCGGUGAACUCUCUUUGCAGCUUGUACUCCAAAUGUGGCAACUUAGAGUCCAUGAUCAAGGCAUUUCGAAGAAUCCAAGAAAAGAACGUUAUCUCAUGGACAACAGUUAUAUCUGCUUGUGGUGAUAAUGGUGAAUCCAUGAUGGGAUUGUGGUUGUUUUCUGAGAUGCUGUCAGAGGAUGCAAGACCAAAUGAAUUCACGCUGACUAGUGUCUUGAGCUUGUGUUGUAUAAUGCAGGCUUUGGAUGUUGGACAGCAGGUUCAUUCACUCAGUGUAAAACUUGGGUAUGAAUCAAACCUGCCCAUUAAAAAUUCUAUAAUGUAUUUGUAUCUGAAAUGCGGUUGGAUUGAUGAGGCACAGAAAUUGUUCAAUGGAAUGGAGACUGUUAGUUUGAUCACAUGGAACGCAAUGAUUGCAGGCCAUGCCCAGAUGAUGGAUCGUGAAAAGGAUGAUCUAUCAGUUCACCGUAGUGGAAUAGAAGCACUAAACAUGUUUCUCAAACUGAACAGAUCAAAUAUGAAACCUGACCUGUUCACUCUCUCUAGUAUCUUGACAGUCUGUAGCAGUCUGGCCGCCUUGGAGCAAGGGGAACAAAUCCAUGCUCAGGCCAUAAAAACUGGGUUCUUAUCAGAUAUUGUUGUGGGAAGUGCACUUGUUAACAUGUAUAACAAAUGUGGAAACAUUGAAAGAGCGAGCAAAGCUUUUGUGGAGAUGUCAUACAGAACUUUAAUAUCAUGGACUUCAAUGAUCACAGGUUUUGCUCAGCAUGGUCGUUCAAACCAAGCUUUGCAUCUGUUUGAGGAUAUGAGGUUGGCAGGGGUGAGACCAAACAAAAUCACCUUUGUUGGUGUUCUUUCUGCUUGUAGCCAUGCUGGAUUGGUUGAUGAGGCUCUGAGUUACUUUAACAUGAUGAAGAACGAGUACCAGAUCAAGCCUGUGAUGGAUCAUUAUGCAUGUUUGAUUGAUAUGUUUGUAAGAUUGGGCCAAUUGGAUGAAGCUUUUGAAUUUAUCAAAAAAAUGGAUGUUGAACCCAAUGAAUUCAUAUGGUCGAUCUUGAUUGCUGGUUGUAGAAGCCAUGGGAAAAUGGAGUUGGGAUUUUAUGCUGCUGAACGGUUACUUGAACUGAAGCCUAAAGAUGCUGAAACUUGCGUCUUGUUGUUGAACAUGUAUCUCUCAGCUGGGAGAUGGGAGGAUGUAUCAAGGGUGAGAAAACUGAUGAAAGAUGAGAAGGUUGGAAGAUUAAAGGAUUGGAGUUGGAUUAGCAUCAAAGAUAAGGUUUUUUCCUUUAAACCUGAUGACAAAUCACACUCCCAGAAUAUAGAGAUGUACAAACUUUUGGAGAACUUGCUUGACAAAGCAAAGACUCUGGGAUAUGUGUCAUGGCAAAGCUUAGAAAUAGCUGAUGAGGAUGAGAAAUUUUCUUCUACCAGUCACCACAGUGAAAGGCUGGCCAUUGCUUUCUGGUUAUUGAACAUGCCUAAUAGUGCACAUAUAAGGGUUAACAAAAGUAUUAGUAUGUGUAGGGAUUGCCAUAGUUUUAUUAAGUUCAUCUCAGUGUUGACUGGAAGAGAGAUAAUCAUUCGCGACAGCAAACGACUUCAUAAAUUCACUAAUGGGCAUUGUUCAUGUGGGGAUUUUGGUGGUCUUCUUUAAUUCAAUGAUACUCUUCUCUCU